AGUGUGUGAGAGUGACUGUGUGCGUGAGGAGGUUCCCUAAGAGUGAUGGUGAUUUUUUCAUAAUUAAUCUACAGAAUGUCUAAUCCAGCACCGCCUAGAAGGACAGGGGCGAUGAAAAUACGUCUCACAAUUCUGUGCGCGAAGAACCUGUCCAAGAAGGAUUUUUUCCGUCUUCCUGACCCAUUUGCCAAAAUAAGUGUAGAGGGGUCAGGACAAUGCCACUCCACAGACACAUGCCGCGCCACACUCGACCCAAAAUGGAACCAGUAUUAUGACCUGUACGUGGGCAAGGGGGACGGCAUCACCAUCAGCGUGUGGAACCGCCGCAAGAUUCACAAGAAGGCAGGCAGCGGCUUCCUCGGGUGUGUCCGUAUCGUGUCCUCCGCAAUACACAGACUCAAGGAUACAGGUUACCAGCGGCUGGACCUAACGCGGGCGGGCCACGACGACUGCGAGCCCGUGCGGGGCCAGAUCGUGGUAUCCCUCAUGUCACGGGACGGCCGAGGCACGGGCUCUCACAACGCUGUAGUAGACACUCUUGGGAACCUCUCCUCACCUGAUGACCUGCCUGAGGGCUGGGAAGAGCGAAGAACAACGACUGGUCGCUUGUACUACGUGAACCAUCAUGACCGCACCACUACCUGGGAGAGGCCCACGCUCCCAGCACACAUCAUGCCGGCUGACACCAGUGGCGUUGCUUCUCCGAGUAGACACUCCACUUCUUCCACAACAAUUGCAAGUACGACUACGUCACCAGCAGGAGGAAAUAUUGUGCUCAGUAAUCCCAAUACUACUUCUUCUGAUGUGCCACAAGAGGGAACACCAGUCAGAAGAGAUCCUAGAGAACACAGAAGGAGCAGGGCUGAAAGUGUAGAGCGUGUAAGCCAAAGAGAUACAGGAGAAUCUCGACGGAACCCAGAUUCAGUUAGAAGACGAUCUGCUCGCCACCGCAACUACCUCUCGCGCAACCAGCUUCAUCAGCCGCUCGAUCUUCCUGAUGGUUUUGAAAUGAGAACAACACAGCAAGGUCAGGUGUACUACUAUAACAUUCACACUGGUACUUCCACGUGGCAUGAUCCAAGAGUACCCCGAGAUUUAGGAGAUAUAAAUAUUGAUGAGCUGGAGCCACUCCCGAGAGGAUGGGAACUCAGACAUACUCCAAGUGGCAGGCCAUAUUUCUUAGACCACAGCAAUCGGACGACACAGUUCACUGAUCCCAGGCUUUCUAACAGUCAUAUUCUCAAUAAUAUACUCAGGAAUCGCAGUGAAGGGAGCAAUCGAUCUAGUAUAAUUGAAAGUGGAAGUGGCAGUGACCCCAGAAUUAGUUCACAGACUGAGAGUCCUCCAGUCUCUUCCACUAGUGUCUCAAAUAAUAGAAGUAAUAGUUCCUCUAACAGUAGAAGAAAUAGCUCAUCCAGAAGUAGAGGGCCCUCUCCUGAAGCUAACUCAGCAAUGGACGCUAUUUCAAGUGCUUUGCCUAGUACUGAAGAACACAAUAAUUCACUUAUCAAUGGUACUCAAGUUUCAACAAGUGUUGUGCCUACAAGUGUUAGUAAUACUAGUAAUAUAAGCAGUGAAGGAAGUGGUUUAAGCAGUAGUUUAAAUAGUAGUAUGAACACUACUGUCAAUACCAGUAACACUAGUAACCCUGUGGUGUUGCAAAACAACAGCACAAACUUACAAAUAAGUAGUAACAAUAAUACUCCUGGAUCUAAGGAUCCAGCUGUGAUAGACCUAGAAGGUGAUUGUCUCCCAAAAUAUAAGCGAGAUUUAGUGGCAAAGAUGAAGGUGUUAAGGGCAGAACUACAGUGCCUCCAGCCACAGAGUGGACACUGUCGUUUGGACAUACCACGUGGUGAAAUCUUUGAGGAAUCUUAUAGACAAAUCAUGAAGAUGCGGCCAAAAGAUCUACGAAAAAGAUUAAUGGUUAAGUUCAAAGGUGAAGAAGGACUUGAUUAUGGUGGAGUUGCUCGAGAAUGGUUGUACCUGUUGUCCCAUGAAAUGCUCAAUCCAUACUACGGACUUUUCCAGUAUUCCAGGGAUGACAUUUACACACUUCAGAUCAAUGCAGACUCAAGUGUGAAUCCAGAGCAUCUGUCCUAUUUUCAUUUUGUGGGUCGAGUGAUAGGAAUGGCAGUUUUCCAUGGACACUACAUAGAUGGUGGGUUCUCCAUGCCAUUCUACAAGAUGUUGCUCAACAAACUCAUAGUUCUGGAUGAUAUAGAAGCUGUUGAUCCAGAACUUCAUCGUUCGCUCAACUGGAUGCUGGAGAAUGACAUUACGGAUGUCAUUGAUACCACAUUCACUGUUGAACAUGACUCAUUUGGGGUCAUUCAGAUGAGGGAACUCAAGCCUGGAGGCAGUAAUGUUGCAGUUACUGAAGAUAAUAAAAAAGAAUAUGUCAGGCUCUAUGUUACUUACCGUUUUAUGCAGGGUAUUGAGCAGCAGUUUGCAGCUUUGCAGAAGGGCUUCACAGAAGUCGUACCACAACAUCUACUGAAGCCGUUUGAUGAAAGGGAAUUAGAACUGAUAAUUGGUGGAUUAGGCAAGAUUGAUAUUGAUGAUUGGAAGGCCAAUACAAGGUUAAAGCACUGCACACCCGAAACACCGGUAGUCGGCUGGUUCUGGCAAAUUGUCGACUCGUAUUCAGAGGAAAUGAGAGCAAGACUGCUUCAGUUCGUGACAGGAUCAUCUCGUGUUCCUCUGCAAGGGUUCAAGGCCCUUCAAGGUUCUACUGGCGCUGCAGGACCUAGGCUCUUCACCAUUCAUCAGAUUGAAGCUCCAACAGAGAACCUGCCCAAAGCUCACACUUGCUUCAACCGCAUAGACAUACCUCCAUAUGAGUCGCACAGCAAGAUGUUUGAGAAACUGACCCAAGCUGUGGAGGAAACCUGUGGCUUUGCAGUAGAAUAAAUAGAAAAUAAUGAAGAAAACAUUAUAUGAUAUCAUAUAUUACAGAAUGUGUAUGAAAAAGUGUUUAGAAAAAUACAAAAGGAUAAAAAACAGACAAAAAAAGAUGUGUAUCAUGGAACUAAGAUUUGUGUUUGAAGUAAAAUGUAAUUAUUGAUAAUUAUUAUAUUUAUAAAAUAAACAUGUGAUAAUUGUAAUGUAUUCGUAGGAAGUGAUCACCAUACUAAUUUAUGAAAAUGCUGAAACCAAAAAAGAUGAGACUUUUGGAAAUUCUGUAAUUUGAAUGCUCGAGUAUAUUGUGCAAUUUGUAAAAAAAAUAUAUUUGUUACUAUUUGACAGUAUAUUUACAGAGACAGUGCUGGGUUUUAUGUACAGAUCUUUGUGUUCAUAAAUACUGUUGAUGGUUUGCAUAGUUUUGAAGAUUUUUCUAAGUGUAAACUGUACAAACAAAAGUGUCAUGGUAUGUUAAUGAAGAAUUUGAAAUACUUUAUAUGCUCUGUAUGCUAAGGAGAAGUAGCAAAAGCCAGAGAGUGCUUUUGUUGCCUUGUCCAUUGUCAAUCAGCGUAAGAGCAGAUCUCGGGUGUCUUCCACCUCUUGAGUGGUGACUUCAAAUUCCAGCCAAGAAUUGUUAAUGUUCUUAACUAUUGGGAACAUUCAGCUUUUAGUCAUAUAUCAAUAAACUGUGAUAGCAGAACAGUUCCAUCUUCCAAGGCAGUGACAGAUAGCACUUGCAAACAAAAUACAUACAUACAUACAUUCACACUCACUAACAUAUUUUGAGAAACACAUGGUUAAUGCUGUUGUAUAUAAAUGUUUACCAAAUGUACAUGUUCAUGUACACAGAUAUGCUGCAUAUACUUUUUUGCUUACUAUUUUAUCAUGCAUACAUUUAUAGUUUAUAUGGAGGUAUGCAUGUGCUCUUUUUUGACAGAUGGAUUGGUGAAAUAUUUGCAAUUGGCCUUCAGUGUAAUUAUUAUGCUUCUCAGUACCUUAUUUAUUGACACUAUAUGUGUACAUUAAAAUACUCUUCUGCAGUUCAAGUUGCUUGUGUGAAAUGGCAGGGUCAAUGGGUCAUAUAUAUAUGCAUAAUUUACUCACAAAUUUUCUGUAAGAUAGUUAUCUUCUGUUGUGUAUUUCGUAUACGUUAAUUCUACACGUCUGUAAAUUGUUCUCAUUAAAAAUUAUAUGCAGACAGAUUUCUGACAGGUAAAUUAAGACUCAAACCAAUAUUUCCCCCCCCUUUUUUUUUUCAUUACGAAAGUGUUACUGCAUUUAAUAUACAAAGAACAUUAAAACCUUGAUCUGCUUAGCUAUGAUUUCACAUGCCAAUGUAAUAAUGAAUCUCACUAGGUCAUUGCAAUCUGGUGCCUCAUCGUAAUUUAGCAUCUGUCAUUUGGCUACACGCAGCAUUUACAGUAGUCAAUAUAUGAGAAUAUUGAGUUAUACUAUUAAAAGAAUAAAUCAUCUGUAUUAUAAUUGUUUUGCUAUUGCCAUUUUAAUUAGGUAAGUUGUAAAAGGUGUGCUGUGCAAAAGUUUUCAUAGAGGUCAUUUUUUGUAGAUAUUUCAUCACAUUAUCAUGAUUGACAUGUGCUGAAGCUGCCAUUUGAUAGAUAAUAUAACUGGAUGUUUCAAGAAUUCACAUUUAUCAAUAAAAAUAUCUAUAUCUAUACUCACAGUAAUUGUUCCACACCACUACAGACAUUCCUUGAUCAUUCUUAAUUUGUUGUGAUGAAAUUUAUUGUUGCUGAUUCAUUCCUGAGAAGCUUAUUAUUAAUUUAUUUGUAAAUGUAUAGCGAGUACUGUUUGUAAUUCUUAGAUUAUGGUUGAAUAAAAGUAAACACAAACACAGAAAAUAUCCCCUUGUGCCCAAAUAUAUUUACUCCCAUGUUUACCAGAAACUUAAAAACAUAUUUUUGUAACCUGUUUGUCACUGAUAUACUGUAACCUAAUAAUCACAUUGGAAAUUAUGGUUUGCCUGUUUCAAGAUCAGCUGUGUUUAGAAUCAGACAGUUUAGCUCGACAAAUUAUAGGCAUAUAUUUUGAACCAUCUGAAGAUGGUGUAAGAACAUGCAAUUUCUUUGCCUGUAUAACAAAUCAGCCACAGGUUAGUAAUUUUGUAAUUUUAGAACUGAAGUCAAUCAAAAUGACCCAUUUUAUAUUUUCCCAGGCAUGUGUAAAUGUUUUCCUAUACAGAACACCCACAUUGAUUACAUAUGGAAUAAUCAUGUGGUAGAAAGUAUAACCAAGCUUUGUGAUCAUGAAGAAAAUGAAAUUUCCAUUUAGACAUAAUUAUAAUAUAAAUGAAGAUUGCUUUAUACAACUGAAGUGUAAAGAAACAUUAUAAAGCACAAAAUAAGAAUUUACAUAUCCUCUAACUUCUCAGGACAUCAGCGUUUCUGUUUGUAUACCUUAAAGAUGCCUUUAUUUUAUUGCAACCCUCUUCCUCCUUUCAUAAUGUGAUUUUCAUGACCCCAUGCAGUACAUGAAGUAACCAUGUGUAGUGUACAUUAUCAUGCAGGAACAUCAUAUUGAUUUGUUUAAGAGACAUCCAUUUAGGUUUUAUGUGUGACUAGUAUUUUGUUGUGCACUUCUAUGAUACAGCAAAAAGGGAGAUAUCCAUGAUAUUCAGGAUAAUAGGUGUGGCAGGCAGCCAGUCAUGUAAUUAGUUGUGCUAUUAAGAGAAUAUUUAGGAUUUGUAAUAAAUUUGUAAAUGA